GGCGCGUGCUCUGCCCAUACAAGGAAACAAACUACUGAAUCCAGAAAGAAAAAGUGAAAGCGAUAAACUAUAUUUAGGUACAGUGUCAGAAACGCAGGAGAGAGGUUUCGUGCUUUUCAGGGUUUGGCGGAAGUGUUUGGUAGUUUCAACAUGAAUUAUCGCAGAGGGAUUUCAAACCCCUGUUCAGUGCAAUGCAACAUGCCGAUUGUGCUGUGUGUACAACAUGUAAUUAUGACUAGGUCUAAGUUUAACUUCGAAUGAGCCAACAGAGAGCGGAAAACAGACUUUGUCGUGGAUAUAUCGGUCGCAGAUUUUUAUCGAAUCCGUCAUCAUUCCGCAGUGUUUUGUGUUUGGUGAACGUUUCUUUUUGCGCGAAGGAGUUUUCAAAUUUUGUCAUCUUUUGGGGUCAGACUUCCUUGGUUCGGAGCAUAGUCUGGGAAAAACUUUAAGUUUCUCAGGCGAGAAGGAACGUUGCUUGAUUCUGUAAGGGGGCAAUGACGACGCCUCUGAUAAGCCAAGGGUGUUACGCUUCAGCCAUGGGUAGUUUGGAUUGGCUGGACACUUCCUAUAGCCCGCUUCAGCUAAUUGAAAAGUACAAAUUGCCCACAUUGGUCCGACUCUGCGAGGGUUACUAUGGCAACACAAGUAAUUCCUGCUUUUCGGCAAUGGACGUCAUCAAACUUCACGAAAUCCAGCGUGUCGAUAUGAUAGUAGUGAAAAUAUCGCAGGAGGUAGACGGUAAGUUUGAGGACGGCCCGGAACCUGUUCGUCUCUGCUUCCCAAAGAACUUCGCCGGCCGCUUCGAUCCCAUCCACCAGGCUGGCGAGCAGAGCAGCAACAAGCCGCCAAAGUGCUUCAAGACGGUGCGCAAGAUGGCCGAGAUGACCCCCCACUUCAUCAAGGUCAAGAAGAAGCCGUGUAAGAAGGGGGAAGGACCGGACAAGGACGACAUCCUGGAGAUACUCGGGUUGGCCUUGUGCGACGCCUGGUGGGAAGAUCGUGGAUUCUUGAGAUGCCGAAAGCUGGACGGCGAGGAGGUCAUGUUGAACCUGAAGUGGGGAGGACUCUACGAGGCCAUUCCCGAUCCGGAGGGGUACACCUUGCAAGACAUGCUCAAGCGCUUCGUGUUACCUUGCAAGGUGACCCUCAGGGAUCCUCAGUCGCAUCUUCGUCCCGAGUCGGACCUGCUCAAGUUCCUCCCUGAGAUGGAGGGAACCCUCGUUCUCGAGCGGGAGAUUACCCACGAGUUCCUGAUAGGAACGGCCGUGGACACGGCGUCUCUUGCCCAGAAUCUCGCAGUGCACAGAGCAUCAGGUGUGGGAACAUCGGCAAGGGCCCGGUCAUCGCGACAGCAAACAGCCGCCGUGCCCUGGGUGGUGCUCACCAAAAACGCCAACGUCCUGUUCCAGAUAUGCCAGGAUAUGGUCCACAAGCGGGCGACUUACAUGUCGCUGCUGGAGAUGUUCGGCGACUGUUGCAUGGAUAGAAUACCCAUGGAUCUCUUUAUCUGUGAGUACGCCACACCGUUCGUUGCCUUUACCCGGUCGGAGGAACCACCGUUCCCUACGGCGCAGCAGACGGAUGACGCUCCGUGUGUGGCCAGCAAACCGUCACACAGCCGGAGCGCGCCCGAUCUUUCUCGAGGUGAAUCCUUUGGUGCCUGCAAUAAUGCAUUCGACGACCCAGCGGACCACAAAGGGGCACGGCCUCUGCGCCCGGAUCCCGAGGUUGAGAGGCGGAUGAACCAACGUGAACUCCCACCUCUACCCCCUGAAGCAGACCCCUCAAGGAUGAGCAAAUUGUUUAGCGGGACAACAAACAUACCAGGUCGUCAAUUGGGAACGCUGGCGCCAAUUAUUCGGGAGUACAGCCAAACCGUGCAAAAAGAUAUGGCCAUCCCGAUUCUCGUGACAACAGCAGCUGAUAACGGGAAUCAUGAAGAUGGCGACCACGAAAAUGGACCAUAUACCAAGCCGAUCGACCCCGAGGGCUACGAAGCCAUGCAGCUGACCUCGGCAUCGCCAUCAACGUUGAGCAGCUCGCCCCGCGAUUUAUCAACCCGCGCCAAGCCCCACAUCAGUUGCAUGACCAUGCCGCUGCCUACUCAACCCCACCCCGACCCGCCUCGUGGUUUCUCCUCCCAGCCGGGCCACACCAAGGUGGAAGAGAUCAAGACCACGGUCAGGGGCGCGGCGUCCCGAGACGCGCCCCCAAGCCGCGAACCCCCUCCUCCACCCCCGCGAACCACGCCCAGGAGGAAACCGUCCGACGUCGGUCAUCUGACGUACGGGAACAUUGAGACCGAACUCCUCAAAACGCCCUCGGAACCUAAGUCCACCCCGCCUCGUCCCUCCCGUGUGCCCCCGGCUCCUCGACCUCGCAAGACAGAAAACCUCAAGAGCCGCAGUUUCCACCAGUCGUCACACCGACGGGACCUUCGGCUAGCCAGCCCGCCUCACGAUUUACCUUUCUGUACCCGGCCCUCGUCUUUAACCACGAGUGACUAUCUCAAGCCUCGUCCCCCAAGGAGCGGAAGGGAGACGUCUAAUCUCCCACCGCCCGUCAAGUCACUUUCGUUGGGGUCUAUUAUUGAUGAGCUCAGUUCCUGUGACUCGCUGGCAAACGAUGCAAACACGGUCCGCGAAGCGCCUGUGCAGUGUCGCCCAGUCACGCCCUGCAAACCUACCCGUCGCAUCGACACCGUCGACAGCAUCCCGUCCGACAUCAGCACGCUGACCAGCUCCGAACUGGCGCAGUGCCUGCGCCUCCUCAAGCUGGACGAAGAGAUCGUCACCCGCUUUCACAGCCACCAGAUCAACGGCUCGCUCUUGGUGCAGCUGUCCAGCCAGACGGUCCGGAGCGAGCUGGCCCUGACGGACUUUGAGGCCGAGAAGUUGGACGCGUUUCGGAGAGGUUGGAGACCAGAUUCAGAGGUUUAAGGCAUGAAGAACAGAAAACCUCUGCCGAAAGAGACAAUAACGCCCCAAGAGACCAUGGUCCCGUUUGUUUCACAAGGAUUUGGUAUACUGGAUCACGAUCAGUGAUCCCAAAGCUGGUUCGCACCAUCCAUUAGGCGGGCUCCGGUGUCAGUGAACCAACGACGAAUCACUGAUCCAGAUUCUAAUCCAUGUGGAACAAACAGGCCCUGCAUAGAGCAAACGGUCUAGUUUCUGUACUUAAACCGAACCAAUAUUGCAUAAACGUGUACAGAUGAACUUAUUUCUUAUUCUUGCAGUACAUGUAUGGCGUUGACAGGGUUCCUGCGGCCUGGUAAAGUCUUGGAAAUUUGUUUUUCUUUUUCAGGCCCGGAAAAGUCAUGGAAUUUUGUAAAAAAUGACUAAAGUCAUGGAAUUUUGUCAUGGAAGUCACAAAACACUGUAUGAUUUCUAUUAUCAGAAAUAAGCGCAUAAAAUCUGUGAUUGUAUAUUUGCAACCUAAAAGGCCGAAUAGUCCAAGAAAUUGCGUUAUUUAGUCGUGGACGUUGAGUUGGGCCCAUUUUGAUUUCCAUAUGAAAGCGGUCGUAUAUUUACAGUGUAACCAAGAGACACUUUAGUGGUUAAGAGUCCUCCAUGAGCCAGUUAUAUCUGUGUGCCUUGACAAAACCUAAGUCUGUUAUACUUCACUAUGGCUACAUUCUGGAAACGAUCAAAUACCAAUUUGAAACCAAAAAACCAAAGCAAAAAAAAGGAAGGAAGAAAACAAGACUACGCCUCAUAAAGUGUGGCCUUCACCUUAAAUGUGUAUAAAUUACAUAGCUCGCUGUCACAGAUUAUAUGCAGAAUGAUAACCUACUCACACGCCUAGCUGGUUAUUCCUUGUAGAUUUGCAAAAAAAAGAUCUGUAUAAUCAAGAAUGAUGUACGUUAUAACUGGGACCUAUAGUCACAAGUCACUAGAGCUACUUUAGAGUUAUUAGCGUUUUGCUAAACCUUGAACAACGGGAAUCAAUCAUUUAUUCCGGUAUCUUACUUUUGUCGACUUGCACGUAUUAUGACCUAUGCCAAACUACUUGACGGAUCAAAAGGUAAUGCUUUCUGGGCCUGUUUGUCUCACACGGAUCUUGAUCUCGAUCAGUGAUCCCAUCGUUGGUUCGCUCUAUCCAUUGGGCGGGCUUUGGUGUCUGUCAACUGAGGAUCACUGACCGCGAUCCAGUUCUGCUUUGAACAAACCUACUGAAACAUUGGAAAAGUGAGUUAAGAGGACUUAAGACCCUUUUUUUAAAGAUCCGGUCACAAAACUUAUAUUUCUGUACACUCCUUCGUUUUUCCUUUCCUGACGUUCAAUUUACUGUACAACAACGCCUUGAAGAUGGAUUUUCUGUACACAUACCA